AUGGAACUGUGCUGUGCUGAGGCCACGAGUGACGGUUGGGGUCGGAUUGUGGGGGGCAGCGUGGCCUCCAGGGGCAGGUGGGGGUGGCAGGCCAGCCUGCGGUGGAGGGGCAGACACGUUUGCGGAGGGGCGAUCCUCACUGGCCGCUGGGUCAUCACCGCUGCACACUGCUUCACACUGAGCGAGAUGCAAGACGUGUCAGACUGGGAGGUUGUCGUGGACACCGUGAGCAUGACGGACAGCGCGUCUGGGAGACACUACCACGUCCUGGGGAUAGAGCACCACCCACGCUUUUCAUCAGAGAGCAACGACUACGACCUGGGCCUCAUCCACACCACCGCUGAGAUAGAGAUGAAAGGUGGGGUGUGGCCGGUGUGUUUGCCCAGCCCAGGCGAGUCCUUCCCUCCUGGCUCUCGUUGCUGGGUGACAGGCUGGGGGUACACCCACGAGGGGGGUUCGGUAUCCACGUCCCUGCGGCAGGCAGAGGUGCAGGUCAUCAGUCAGUCCCAGUGCUCCCAGCCCUCAGUGUACGGUGGCUACCUCACCACCCGCAUGAUGUGUGCGGGGAGGAUGGAGGGAGGGGUGGACUCCUGCCAGGUAACCACACAACAUUUGUGUGUGUGUGGGGACAGCGGGGGCCCCCUGGUGUGCGAGACGGGGGCAGGGGACUGGAGGCUGGCCGGGGUGGUGAGCUGGGGCGAGGGGUGCGGCCGGCCCAACAAACCCGGCGUCUACACCAGAGUCACACAGCUUCUCCUCUGGCUGUACCAGUACAUACAGACAGGUUCAGAGGAAGGGUCUGCACCAGGCAUGGAAGGUUCCCUUCACUGAUGCUCAGAAGACCUGCGCUGCAAAACUUACUUAUUUAUUUAUUCAUUUGUUAUGGAAAUAUUGUUCACGCAGUAACUCAAUAGUAAAGGUGAUAUAAUCCC